AUGAGUACAGGCAGAGUCACCUCUUACAGCAUUGUAUCUUCCGAGGAAGACGGGUUGACUUUGACCACCAUGCCUGGAGUGAACGGCUUUGGCAACGGCAAGAUCCACACGAGGAGGAAAUGUCGGAACCGGUUUGUGAAGAAGAACGGCCAGUGCAAUGUGGAGUUUACCAACAUGGAUGAUAAGUCUCAAAGGUAUAUUGCGGACAUGUUCACAACGUGCGUGGACAUCCGUUGGAGGUAUAUGUUGUUGCUCUUCUCCCUUGCCUUUCUGGUCUCCUGGUUGUUAUUUGGUCUUGUUUUUUGGCUGAUCGCACUCGUGCAUGGCGAUUUAGAGAAGCCAACGGCCGACGAGACGUUCACCCCUUGCCUCCUGCAAGUGAACGGCUUUGUUGCUGCGUUCUUGUUCUCCAUCGAGACUCAAACGACUAUCGGCUACGGAUUCCGUUGCGUGACAGAGGAGUGCCCGCUAGCUGUCUUCAUGGUCGUCCUUCAGUCCAUCGUGGGGUGUAUAAUAGACUCGUUCAUGAUCGGUGCUAUCAUGGCAAAAAUGGCUAGGCCCAAGAAAAGGGCUGAAACGUUACUCUUCAGCCAUCAUGCAGUCAUUGCCAUGAGAGACGGCAAGCUUUCUCUGAUGUGGAGAGUGGGUAAUCUUCGAAAGAGCCACAUUGUUGAAGCUCACGUCCGAGCUCAACUAAUUAAGCCCCGUAUCACCGAAGAAGGGGAAUACAUCCCACUUGACCAAAUAGACAUUGACGUUGGGUUUGACAAAGGCUUGGACCGUAUAUUCUUGGUGUCUCCUCUCACCAUCCUUCAUGAAAUCAGUGAAGACAGCCCGCUGUUUGGGAUCAGCCGGCAGGAUUUGGAAAACGAUGAUUUUGAAAUUGUAGUCAUCCUGGAGGGUAUGGUGGAAGCCACCGCCAUGACAACCCAAGCCCGGAGUUCCUACUUGGCCAGCGAAAUCCUCUGGGGCCACCGCUUCGAGCCCGUCUUGUUUGAAGAGAAGAACCAAUACAAAGUGGACUACUCGCACUUCCACAAGACCUACGAGGUCCCCUCGACCCCGUGCUGCAGUGCCAAGGACUUGAUGGAAAACAAAUUUCUCCUCCCAAGCACCAACUCCUUCUGUUAUGAGAACGAACUGGCCUUCAUGAGCCGCGAUGAGGAGGAGGAGGAGGAGGAAGAUGACGACAGUAGGGGUUUGGACGAUCCAAAUUCAGACGCCCAACCUGAAUUCGACAGGCUUCAGGCGACAGUUGCCCUCGACCAAAGGUCGUACAGAAGGGAAUCGGAAAUAUGA